UUUCUAAUCUUAGCAAGAUUUUUUUUUACUUCAUCUUGCAGUGUAUAAACCUAAUCACUCUUUACAGAACAGAUUUUAUCAGCAGAUGAGUUGGUACAUCCAUUCGUGAAGAUUGCUGGUUUGUGAGCUUUUCUUAAAAAGCAUCCUGGAUGCAGAUAUACUGACCCAAAGGCUGUUUAGAAGCAAGGAUUUGAUUACAAAAUGGGAUCACCGGACCGAACUAGACCAAAGGGACAAUCAAGAUGUUCUAACCACAAUUUGAUCUUUCUCUUUACAUUUAUGAUCUGUUCUCCUAUUCCAGUCAGUGGAUUUUCAUUGCAAAACUGCCAAUUGAGCAACAACAAAGCCAUAUGUGUGAGGAGGAGACUGACAACUAUUCCUAGAGAUAUCCCCCCAACAGUUACUGGCUUUGACUUUUCUGUAAACAGGCUGACAAGAAUACAAGCAUUGGAUUUUACAUCCUUACCUCUACUACUGUGCUUGGAACUGAAUCGCAACAGGAUUUCGCAGAUUGACAGCGCUGCUUUUGCCACUCUUACUUCCCUCCAGAAGUUAAAUCUGAACAACAAUAGAGUUUUUAAACUGGAGGAAAGAGCUUUCUAUGGGCUGAGUAACCUCACUGAGUUACGGAUUAAUCAUAACCAGAUCAAAGUUGUGUCGUCAACAUCUUUUCAGUCCUUGAGGAAAUUAAAGCUUUUGGAUAUUUCUCACAACAAACUGAAAUGGAUCACAGAUCUUCAUCUUAUAUUGCAGCAUAUACCCCAGCUACAGGAGUUGGUGCUAACAGGAAAUAGUUUAGAAACUUUUCACUCAUGGGAACUCACCAACCGCUCACUCGAUCUUUGCAUCCUUGAUUUGUCUUUUAAUCCUCUGAAAGACUUCCGGAUCACUGCUGAUGUCGUCCCAAAUCUCACCCGCCUGAAGGUCGGCAACCCUUUUGGCAACAAACCAACAACGUGGGAUGUGAAAAACCACACUUUCCUGAGCAGAGUGUCCAGUCUUGAUAUCAGUGGGCUUAAUAUGGCUCUUGAUGACAUGAAAGUAGUAUUUGAAGCAGUAAACUCCUCACUCACCUUUCUACGGAUGAACAGCAUGAAGCGCUAUCAAAGCCAACUUGUCAGCAUUUCUUGCUCCAUCCUAACGAUGUCCAAAUUACAGUUUCGAAGCAAUAAACUCAAGAUUAUCCAUUCAAAUUUUUCUGAACCAUGUGUUCAUCUGACUGAGUUAGAUUUAACAGACAACUCAAUACAAGUUAUCCACGAAAAUGCCUUUGCAACUCUGAAAGGUUUAAGGGUUUUGAGUCUGAGUAAAAACAGACUCACAUCGGUUCCCAACGCAACAAGCAAACUGGAAAAUCUUUCCAAGCUUGAUCUCCGCAGCAACAAUAUCGGCUCAGUCACAUGUACAGAUUUCUCCAAUCUGACAAAGCUCACAGAGCUAAGCCUGCAGAAUAACUCCAUCCCAGCUCUGAGCGACUGUGCUUUCAAAGAUUUGCUACGACUCCAAGUUCUCAGAUUACAAUCUAAUCAGAUAACACAUUUAAAUGGAUCCUUUAAGAAUCAUCUUCCAAACCUCAAACGACUGUAUUUGAAUGGAAAUAAACUCACAGAAAUUUCACCAAAGGAAUUUGGUGGCUUGAUGUCUGUCCUGAACUUAUCAUUACAUCAAAAUCAAAUAACAAGUCUUCAUGAAACCAGCUUCGUAGGACUGACAAAUCUCACUGAUAUUCGCAUGCAGUCAAAUAGUCUCACAAGAAAGGCCUUAAAAUCAGGUGCUUUCAAUGCUCUUAUGAAUCUAAGAAGACUGGAUCUAAGUUCCAAUCACAUUAAAUAUUUAGACAGUGGACCUCUGACCCGUACGCCAUUUUCUAAUCUCUCCCGUUUGGAGGAGUUGUCCAUUGUUGGACAGCACUGUUCUGGAAAGUCAUUUCUUCAUGUCAAUUUCCUGCUAGGUUUAAACAACCUGUUGAGUUUCAGCGCCAAAAGAAUUCACAUUACCUUCCUUGAUAAAGACAUGUUUAAACACACUCCAAAGCUAGAAAGACUUGAUAUUAGCUCAAAUGAUUUGGGGACUCUGUCUCCGCAGCUUUUUGCCCCGAUUCAAAACCUCAAGAACCUGUAUAUACACCGAACAGCUCUUCGGUCAUUAGAUUUCUUCAUAGAUGCUGACCUGAACAAGCUGGAGUUCCUGCAGGCAAGAUACAAUCAAUACUCAGUCAUCACUGAAGAUGUAAUAAAGUCCCUUCCAUCUCUCAUGUAUGUGGACUUUACUAAUAUUAGUUUCUCCUGUGACUGUGAUAAUGCCUGGUUUGUGAACUGGACAAUAGCAAAUACACAAACACAGGUUGAUGACGCAUAUACCUACUUUUGCAACUAUCCAGAUGACUUUAAAGGCAAAAAACUUUUGGAUUUUGACCUCACAUCCUGCUUACUAGACAAGGGUUUUAUCUGCUUUGUGUCCACAAUGAGCAUGAUUUUCCUAGUCAUGGUUGCGUCCUUCACUUACCAUUUCAUGAGGUCCCAACUUUACAUUGCCUACUACCUGUUCUGGGCUUGGCUCUUUGACUCAAAGUAUAAAAAUAAGCAAGCUCCUCAUCAGUACGAUGCCUUUGUCUCCUACAACUGCAAUGAUGAGCCCUGGGUGAUUGGAGAACUGUUACCCAAACUGGAAGGAGAGCAGGGCUGGAGGUUGUGUCUGCACCAUCGAGACUUUGAACCAGGGAAACCCAUUAUAGACAACAUAACAGAUGCCAUCUACAGCAGUAGGAAGACCAUCUGUGUGAUCAGCCACAGAUACCUCAGGAGCGAGUGGUGCUCCAGGGAGGUCCAGACAGCCAGCUUCCGUCUCUUUGACGAGCAGAAAGAUGUGCUGGUCCUGGUCUUCCUGGAGGACAUUCCCACCUACCUUUUGUCUCCAUUUCACCGCAUGAGGAAGCUCCUGAAGAAGCAGACCUACCUAAGCUGGCCACGAGCCGCAGACCACCCAGAGGUGUUCUGGGAGAAUCUGAGGAAGGCUUUGCAGACUGGAAACGAUCCGAGCGAUGACAAGCUCCAGCUCACUAUGUAUUGGAAAUAUGAAUCUGAGAAUAUUAUUUAAUAUUUUACCAAAUAAUAUUCCGGUCUGUUAAGGAUUGUCCUGUGAAUACCAGCCCAUUAAGGCGAUGGUAUCAG